UAUCAGUAUAGUAUAGGGUUUCUUUAUGAAGACUUUAUCAGGAUGAUGACAAGGUAUAUCCUCCUGUUUAUGCUGAUUGCUGUCGUUCAAGGAGUAUCCUACCCCUGGCGUGGGUGGAGGGCACACCCUACCUAUCUAUCGCCAAUGAUACCAAGGCCCCAUAAUAACCAAGUGAUAUCACGUAUCGGCGGAGGCAGCCCGCUGUGUUCUUUAUGCCAGCAAACCCAGGGCCCCUGUGGUUGUCAAAGAUUCUGUGCCGGAGGGUGCGGAUUCGGAGGAGGGUUUGGUCCAUCAAUCUCUCCAACUUAUCCUUGGGGAAGCGGGUUUCCAGUCUUCAGACCAUACGCAGGCUUUCCAUAUACGUUUGGGAAUUCUUUGUAUGUUAACCGUGGAGGAAUUAUACCACCAUCAGCUUACAGAAUGUUUCCGAUACAGCACCAUGGAGGAUAUAAGUCGCUAGGCUACGGUGGAGACCUGGAGUACGAUGAUUAGUAAAUGGAAGAGAGAACGAAUAAAAUAUUGCGCGAGGGUGAGAUUGUACAGAAACAAAAACAUUUGUCAACUGAAGUAGAAAUACCCAUAGCUUAUCACUAAAAAUCCUAGAUUUCCAUCAGUAACAGCACACGCUGUAACAUUCUCUACCCAGAGUUCCGUGCGCUGCAGGCACUUGCUACAUCUCUGUCAACGGCGUUUUGCAGAAAUCGUGUAAAAGUUUCUCAUAUGCAUCAUUUGAGUCUUGCACUAAAUAUUUGGUCAUGCUAUGACAUAGUUUUGGGUCAAUUAAAUUGAUGUUUAUGUUGAAUUGUUUCAAAUCGCUGUUUUAUGAUGCUGAAUUUAGAACUACUUCGUCAUUACGCGUAUGAAUGUAGGACAUUCACGUGGUGGAAAUGAUGUAAACAUGGAAUCGAAAGUAAAGGUGGUUAUCAAAAAUACAACAAAACUUUAAAAAAAAACCAAAAAACUCAAACAGUUGAAUAGUGAAAAUGACAGUGGGUUAUGCAGUGAGUUAUGAAAAGAGCCCGAUUUGUCACAUUUUGCCAAAAGAAAAGGAGAAUGAUUGUUUAUAUCAUGUGAUUAAAUUGUCACGUGAUUCCAAACGUUGACAGAGGUGAACGUGAAUCUUGCGGAACGCGCCAUCUAGUGAGAAAAUGACUCUGUAAGCGAUGUUUGUAUUUGUCUUUUUUGUCUGCCUGAUUAUUUCUAACCAUUGAAAAAAGAUCGAAAUUCUAAGUAAUGAUGAGUUGCACAAUAGUUGUAGCAUGUUCCACAAUGGGACGCCGAUCAUAACCCUACUCUAAAAUACGAAUGUAUGAGAUGCUUCAAUCGCCUUCAGGAAUAAAUACACUUUGAUUGAGAAGGGGAACAAUUUCAAAUCGUUAUUUGGUGUUUUCAAAUUCAAUGCAGAUCGUCCUUCCUCUUCUACCGACU